ACCUGGGCUGAAGACCCUCCAAUAGACCAGUAUGGCUUGAACGGAGGUUUGGUGUGUCUGGCUGUUGCAGAACUACCUGAUCAACUCAAACGAAUUCAAUGGAAGUUCCAAAAUGAUAUAAUAGUUGAUGAUAAAGAGAUAUCUCCUAAAUACAAGGAGAAGGUAGAUUAUAACCCAGUGAACCAAACACUGUGCAUUAAGAAUCUGACGGACACAGACAGUGGAAUUUACAUUGCAAAUGCACAGAAAAUAGAUUGGACAGAUUCAACGUCUUCAUACAGACUUAAGGUGUUGGGUGAGUUUUGUGAUUUUUUAGUGUUUUGGUAGUCUGCUAUCUAUUUCUGCUUUGCUUGAAAAAGCUAAUCUCCUUUAAAAUGUCUUCACCAGUCAUACAUGUAAAAUGUAUCUUUCUGAACUUUAUUGGUUGUUGUAGAAGCUGUUCCCAUUCCAGCCAUGCAGGUGACAUACUCCAACUCAAGUACAGGACUUUGUAACAUCACAGUGAAUUGUUCAGGCUGGAUGUUUUCUGUCUGUAAUGGAGGUCAGUGCACACUGUACCAGGAUUCUCUGUCAUUCUCUGAGGUCAACAUCACCGUCUCCAGUGGUAAUGGAUUCAUCCAGUGUAUCGUCAACAAUCACGUCAGUGCAGAGACCAAAUCACAACGCAUGGAGGACAUAUGUAAGUCUAACUUACUAACUUCCACUUUCUGUACAUACCUCUAUAUUUAUUAAAAAAAUCAACAAACUUUUAACAUCAUUGCAGUUAUAUUCUUCUCCAGCAAAAAUGUGGAUAAUGCUGCUUUUGUGCCUGUGUGUGUGUUUGUGUGUGUGUCAUGUAAAUGUGUAUGUGAAUGUGUGUGUGUGUGUGCGACAUCUCAGGUAUUGGUGAGAAGAAGGGGAUCGCUGCAGCAUCACCAGUUGGCACCAUUGUGGGCAUUGUUACUGGUGGAUUAUUCUUAGUUGGUGUAGGAUGCAUCACAUCAACCAGAAGACGGCGAUCCCCUAAAGAAAAACAGCUACUGAAGGUACCCUCUCUAUCAUUAAUCUAUGUUUAAACAACGGUGCGUAAAUAUAAGUAACAUAAAAUCCACAUCAAAAUCUGUCAGUUUAAGCUAGAGAUAUCUGUGUUUUUGCAUGGGCUGCAUCUCAAUCACCGCAGAUGCGGUAGGCCGCCAUAGGCGGAUGAAGUGGAUUGAGAUGCAGCCCAUGCUACAGCGGUGUUUGUCAGACCAUGAGACAUCCCUGAAAUCAGUCGUCUCAUGAAAACGCCUGUAGAGUCUGAACUAAUGUGACCCCACUGUGGAAAGGGGAGAUUUUUACAAACACGAUGGUGUUCUCCGUUUUGCUCUACGACCCGUUUGAAGGUAACCGUUACUGGUUUAAAAAUGAAUGGAAGUAUGGAGGUCUUUUUGUGCCUACCCCAAAAAAGGAGUUAAAUAUGUGUCAAAAAAAGCAAAAAUAUUCAUUGAAUCUCCUAGAUAUAGGACAGACACUUCAAAACCUUACUCCUUAUGAUUUAUUUUUAACUGUCUUUUUUGCCAUUUAUGAAUGUGUUAUUCAAUGCGUUUCUAUGGGAUUUGGGACUAAGGGCCACAUUCAAUAUUUUAUCAAAACAUUUACAAAUAAUUGUUUUUGAUACCUAAAGGGGUCCUAAAAUUCCAAUUCAAAUAGCUACAUGAUCCAUGGUAUGACCAUCUUAAAGCAAUUCCCCCACCCCCCAACGUCUUUUUAAAACAAUUUUAAACAACAUUUUAAUUAAUGAUAAUUUGCACGUUAUGAUUAAUAAUCUCCUAACAGGCUGUUGUUCCAGAAGUUGACAUCCCAGUGAGUGCUUUACCAGGAAGACCAGAACCACAGAACACCCCUGGAUCUGAGGUGACAUCAAUCUACGACACUGCAGGGAGACCAGGAGCAGCAGUACCAGCAGUAGCAGGAGGAGAAGAAGUCCAUCCAGGAGACAAAGAGUACACUUCACCAGAAGAGAGGACGGAACCACAGAGCCCUUCUGAGGCAGAGCCUACAUCAGUCUUCUAUAGCACCUUACAGAAACCAGCUGCAGCACAGCGCCACCCAGUGGGUAAAGGAAAUAAUCAAAAUAAACCAGACACUGUGUAUUGCACAAUAGGAGAUUACCCCUCCAUCCUUCUCAGAGAUCCCCUGAUGUUACCUUGAUUAAGACUUAACCCAUAGACUCAGGUAACGAACCGCAAACACAGGGGAAAUUAUGACAAUUGAUUGUUUAUUUAGUUUAUGUCUA